UUUGAAAUGAAUCAUCUCUCAUUUCUCUUCUUGACUCUCUCUCUCUCUCUCUCUCUCUCUCUCUCUCUCUCUCUCUCUAUAUGGAGAAAUCAGCUGAGCUCUCAAAGGAUGAGACCACUGAAGAGUUGUUGCUACAGACUUUAGAACAACAACGUAAUUUCGAUGGCACGCCAUUGUGCCUUUACCAGGGGCUUUGGUGUCCAACUUUUGUAUUCCGACCGCUGCUAUCUCUGCAGAAAAACUUCAAACCCCACGACAAUAGUAUUGUGCUGGCAUCUUUGCCUAAAGCUGGAACCACCUUGCUGAAAGCCCUUCUCUUUUCUAUCGUCAACCGGGACCGUUUUCCCAUUGAUCAGAGCCCCCUUCUCACCACCAAUCCCCACAAACUUGUCUUAUCCUUGGAGUGCUCCUACUUUGCUGAUCACGACAACCCUGAUUCUGGAAACCUACCUCAGCCCGGAGUCUUCUCCACACACCUGCCUCUCCAAGUGCUCUCGAGUUCCAUGAUUGGUUCUACCUCUAAGAUUGUCUACGUAUCAAGAAAUCCAUUAGACCAGUUCAUUUCUGAGCGGGAGUUCUUACUGAAAAUCCGUACAGUUCCCGAUUGCGAGCCCCUCCCUCUCGACCAGGCUUUUGACAUGUUCUGCAAAGGUGAGCAUGCUUUCGGGCCUUUCUGGGACCAUAUUCUUGGAUACUGGAGAGCAAGCCUGGAAAAUCCGGACAGGGUGUUAUUUCUGCAAUACGAGGAUAUGAAAAGGGAUAGCGUUUCGCAUGUAAAGAAGAUUGCUGAGUUCCUUGGAUUGCCAUUCUCGGAUGAGGAAGAGAAAAGAGGGUUGAUCAGAGAGAUAUCUGACCUGUGCAGUUUUGAAAAGCUCAAGAACUUGGAAACCAACAAGACCGAAAUCCAUCACGGAAAUAUUGCCAACAGUUCGUUUUUCAGGAAAGGUGAGAUUGGAGACUGGAGAAACCAUCUCAGUCCUGCCAUGGCUGAAAGAAUGAAGGAAGUUGUGGAUGUGAAGUUGAGUGGAAGUGGAUUGAAGCUGGAUACGUACAUCAAGCCUUGAAUCAGUUGCUCGAUCCUUUUUAAAGCUGUAUUUUCUUUUAUCUUUUUUGCAUGGUUUUUUUCUCUCUUUUGUUAUCUUUGCUCAUCUUGCUUCAAAGUGUCGUUUAAUCAAAUAAAAGCUGAGGUGUGUUAUA